CGCUUUCAGUUGCUCCGAUCGAGAUGGCGUCGUCCCUUCCGCGUUGCAUGGCCUUGGUGGUGCUCGUUCUCGUUGCAGCGGCGGCAACCUCCGCUUCUGCUCAGCUGAGCACCACCUUCUACGACACCAUCUGCCCUUCCGCACUCUCCACCAUCAAAGCUGCCGUGGCGAGCGCCGUGCAGACGGAGGCCCGCAUGGGUGCCUCCCUCCUCCGCCUCCACUUCCAUGAUUGCUUCGUUCAGGGCUGUGAUGCUUCGGUUCUGUUGGACGACACUGCGACCUUCACCGGCGAGAAGACGGCGGGACCUAACAUGGGUUCCCUCCGUGGCUUCGAGGUGAUCGACACCAUCAAAUCUGCCGUCGACAAGGCGUGUGGUGCGAGUGUGGUGUCCUGUGCUGACAUUCUCGCCGUUGCUGCACGUGACUCCGUUGUCGCGCUGGGCGGGCCUUCUUGGAAUGUACCACUGGGAAGGAGAGAUUCCACAACAGCCAGCUUUGGUGGUGCUAAUACCGACCUGCCUUCACCAGAUUCUAGCCUCGCCACCCUGACUUCCGCAUUUCAAGCUAAGGGGCUCAACCUGCAGGAACUAGUGGCGCUCUCUGGUGCCCACACCAUCGGCCAAUCAAGGUGUUCUCUGUUCAGGGAUCGAAUCUACAAUGACACCAACAUCGCUCCCCUCUUUGCGUUCAGGCGGCGGUUGCAGUGCCCUCGAUCCGGUGGUGACGACAACCUUGCCCCCUUGGACAACCUCACCCCAAAUCGGUUCGACAACGCCUACUAUCUCAACUUGGUAUUCAAGAGGGGUCUGCUUCACUCGGACCAGGAGCUCUUCAAUGGUGGCUCUGCUGAUGCACAAGUCAGGACCUACAGCCUCAACCCUUUCGCUUUCUCAAGAGAUUUCGCUGCCGCCAUGGUGAAGAUGGGAAACAUCAAUCCUCUUACUGGCAACAACGGCCAAGUGCGUACCAACUGCAGGAAAGUUAACUAAGAAAUCACGAGCACUCGUAUUUGGCACCUCCCAUGUAAACACGUGAGGGGUACUUUUGUCUUUUCCAGAAAAUUUCUUUUCCUAUCCCUUCUCUAUAACGAAGAGUCAUUAUGUGUAUCAUCGAUGUGGGGGAAUCUGAGUCAAUGUGCUCUAGCCAUAAUCUCAUGUGAAUCCUGAGUUUAAUGAUACUACAGGAGGUAAGCAUAAAUGAUCUAUAU